CUGAUAGCUUCUCGUAUAAAAGGCCCCUGUUCUCAGGGAAUACAUCUAGAGGGAGUCGAGACCUCUGAUGAGAAGGACCUCGAGAUGAGGUACUACGGACCACAAGUGUUCCUCUUCCUUUGCUGGCUGGUGGGAGCUGCCUUUGCAGCACCAUGGCCUAGCUCUGUUCCCGUGUGCGCGAGGGAGUGUCCCAUCACCGAUUGGACCAAGUUGAGGUACCUGACAGACAAAACCUAUGUCUACCAGUACUCCGGGAACUCCCGCGUGGAGUUGAAAGGAGUCGAAGGCGCCGUGACGGAAUCCCACUGGAAGAAAACGGUCCUCCUCUCCUGGCUCAACCCCUGUGAGAUGGCCAUCUCUUUCAAAGACGUCAACGUGGAUGGCAAAGCUCCCCACAGUGAUGAGAACAAUUUCCUCACCAAGUACCCCUUGGUGGUGGCUGUCACUGAUGGAAGAGUGCAGAGGGUGUGCAGCCACCCUUCAGACGAGCCCUGGGCAAUCAACUUGAAAAAGGGUGUUGCGACAGCCUUCCAGAAUCUGUUACCCACUCUAAGUCCCGUCAGCUCAGGCGUCAACUUCACCGAGACAGAUCUUUCUGGCCGCUGCCUUACUAAGUACACAGUAGAGAGACAGAGCGAUAAGGUAGUUGUCACGAAGCAGAAGGAUCACCGCCAGUGCUCGGACCAAUAUGUCACACCAGCAGAAACUAAUAAGAUUUGGCUAAAAGCUCCAGUUCCUAUAGAAAGAUCAUGGUCGACAUGCAAGCAAGAAAUUACCAAUGGUAUCUACUCGAGCAUCAUGUGUAGAAACAAGGCAGUCUUAAGACCUUCUGUUGGAGCAUAUAAACACAUAGAAGCAAAUCAGGAAUCAACACUUCGUUUUGUUUCUGAAAGUCAAGAUGCACCAGAAUCUCUCUCCACCAUCCGGGGAGAAUAUGACUAUGGCACCCUGCUCUUUGAUCAUCGACCACUGCAGAAGCACGCCUCUUCCAUUACAGUGCUGGAAGAAAAGCUGAAAGAAUUAUGUGAAAAGACCAGAGAGACCUUUGAACAUGACAGCGCCUCAGUAAUGUCUAAAAUUAUUCAGGUUAUGAAGCGUGUCCCAGACAACGAGCUUCCACAAGUUUUAGGGAAAAUUCGCGAAGGCCAGCUAUGUCCCUUUAAAAAGAGGCUUGAGACUCUGUUCCUAAACGCCAUUGGCCAUACUUAUGAGUCUGGUUCUGUGAAAAUAAUUGUAGAUGAACUACUAAAAGGUACAUCCCCGAAAAGAACUGAGCUCUAUGCUUCGGCCCUCUACAACACGCAUCAUCCUAACCCUCAGUCUCUUAAGGAGCUAAAAAGAUUAUUCGACAGUAACAAAAACUUUCCAAAUGUUUUGCUUUCUGCUGCUACCAUGGUCAACACCUUCUGUCGUCACCAUCCAGAAUGUCACAGGAGAACAGAAGUGGCAGACAUUAUCAAUGUCCUGAACAGUAAACUGCAGCACCAAUGUACCCCUCACGUUGAUUUUCCUGGCAUCAACGCUCCCUUCAAAACACUCGAAGCACUUGGCAACAUAGGUGUCAUGACUCCAGAAGUGUCUGCCUCAGCCCUCAAAUGUAUUGAAACGAAAGGAGUUGACAGCAGUGUUCGUGUAGCUGCAGCCAGAUCUUUCAGAAAUGCUAAGUGCCAGCGACACGUUACUUUAAAUCUCAUAAAAAUAGCUGUUGACCACAAAAUGAAAGAUGAAGUUCGAAUUGCAUCAUAUCUGACUGCUAUACGCUGUGCUGAAAAGGAAGAUGUUGAAGAAAUAAUAUCCAAGAUUCCAAAAGAAGAAAACACACAAGUUCGAUCAUUUGUAUUAAGCCACAUGGUGAACUUGCAAAAAUCAACUAAUCCAGAAAAGAAACAUCUGAGAUAUCUGGUGAAAGACCUGGUUAUUCCAAGCAACCACAGCCAAGACUUCCGAAGAUACUCCAGCAACAUCGACACAACUUUCUACGCACCUGCUCUUGGACUAGGCGGUGGGAUUGAGACUAAUCUCAUCUAUGGACCUGGAUCUUUUGUUCCUCGUUCUGUUGAUUUUAACUUAACUUCAAUGCUAUAUGGUCAAACAUUCCAUUUGGGUCAGGCGGGUGCCCGUCUCGUAGGACUGGACGAAUUGAUCAGGGACAUAUUUGGUCCGGCCUCAUUGUUCCUCGAAGGUUACCGACAUUCUUCUGGGAAGAGAAGUGAAUUUAGUCUGGGAGGCAUUUUCAGGAAAAUGCUACACAGACGAGAGACGGAAUUAUCAGAUGUUGGCAAAAUGCUUCGAAAGGUUUAUGAAGCAGGAACUUCCUGGGAUCCUUAUAUUGAGUUAUAUGCUAACAUUAUGGGCCAAGAUAUAGGCUACAAAUUUAUUCACAAUAAUCUUGAAUACAUGGACUUUCAACGAGUUUUUGAUUAUUUGAUGAACAAAUUCAAUGAGAUUCUUGCAAUGGAAAUAAAUGGCAAACAAGGUUAUUCCCACAUGAAUCAAGUAGAUUUGGACUACUAUUUGCCAACGGGUCAUGGAACACCCCUCAGGAUGAAAUUUACUAAGACAGCAAUUCUUGGAACGACAAUGGAAGGUAAACUAGACAUGAAGCAGCUUCUCUCAGGGUCCAUUGGUGAAAGAAACCACCUUAAAAUGACACCUGGAUUGUCUGUAGAAGCUAAUGGAUUCAUAGGCUUCGACUGCUUCUUUGCAAAAACGGGUCUUCAAAUGAAGAAUUCUCUCUCUCUCAAUAGUGGAAUGGGAGUAAGUUUCCAGAACGCAGCACGCGGUGGAUACGAAGUCCAUAUUGACCUUCCCGAAAAUAUGGACCUGGUCCAAGCACAAAGUGAGACUUACCUCAUGAGAGGUGUGAGAGGUUCCCCAGAACACGUGAUUAUUCCGGGAUCAAUCCGAGAUGACAGAAUCAGAAAAGCAUCCUGCACAAGUGAGGGGGAGUCAAUACUUGGUUUUAAGCUUUGUUACAACAUGGAUGUCCCCGAUAUCUUCCAUAACAAUGGUCUUCCCCUCGGGGCUAAAUCAGUUGUAAAACUCCACAUUGAAAAGACUGAUCCUUCAUUGAAAGGCUACAAAAUAAAAGCUGCAAUUCAUGAUAAUUCUGGAAAUAAGGAGCUAAAUGUAAAUAUUGAGACAAAAGGAUUAUCUACUCCCAGAAAGACCGACGCUGUGAUUUCCUACACGAAACAUGGGAACGCCUGUGAUAUUAAGGCAGUUUUCACAGGGACAAGUCUCAGUGGAGGAGUCUGGGUCACCUUAAAUGAUGACGAAUCUCACAGCGAUCUGGAGGUAUUUGGAGAGUACAAGUCAAACGCUAGAACAUUAUCUCAAGGAAUCAGGAUAGAACGCAAAAGCAUGGUUUCCUCUUCUAAGAGUUUUACUGAUCUCACAGUAUUCGCAAGUCAAAGCAGAUCAUUUCCUCCAACAAGUAAAAUCAUUUCUUAUACCACCCUGUUAACAAAAGGUCAUCCCUAUUUCGCUGCAUCUGUCCUCAUGAAGACGCAUAAUGCUAUGGUCAAUGUUAUUGAUCUAAAUUUCGAAGCUGCUGUCGAUAUGAAUUCACCUAAUGCAGUUGACUUUACUAUAACUGAUGCUGUGACUGAGGUGAAGAAAUUGCGAAGACUAGAGCUGCAGUUAGGUGCUGCUGGAUGGAAGCUAAGUUCUCACGUGCGUCCCGGUGGUGACAGUCCGGAGUCUAGUGAGGUCACGACAGCCUUCCACUUACGUCACAGAGAAAAUGAAAUCAUUAAAUAUACUGGAACACAUUUAACCACUGGAAGCAUGGGUCGCGACUACUCCCAGCAGAAUAGAAUUGACUUUAAACUAGGGACGUCAGGCUUCAAGAUCGACCAGAAGUUCUUCUAUGGCAUAACCAAGACUGGAAUUGAAUUGAAAAUAUUGCCUUACGCUGGAUCAAACCACCACAUGAACUUUGAGGCUAUGUUAUCACAUCAAGACAGAAAUCACAGAGUGAUCAUUUUGGUUGAUAUUCCAGCGAUGACAAGUCCUGUUCAACUAAGAGGGCUUCUAAGACCAAGGGGAAACUAUGAAUAUGACUUACAUGCAUCUCUUUUACAUGGUGAGCAUAAGGCCUUAGAGGUAACUGGCCCAUGCCGCUUGAAACUUCAACCGCUGGAUCUCAACAUUGAGAACUCCUUACAAGUCAAGGUUCUCAACCGAGAGCCUUUCAAAUGGAACACCAAGAUUGAAUUCACCCAUGAAAAGAUCAUGAUACUCUUUGACGUAGCUAAUCAACGUGAAUCUAUGUUACUAGUAGAAUGGAAGGUGGAAACCCGAAACCCUCACGAGAAUCACAUGAUAUUCCGGUUUGAUGCCCAGCGCUUCAUAAAGCACAUAGUUCACGUUGUAGCCAAAGAGAAUCAAAUCGAAAUAAGAACUGACAAUUGGCUCCACCUCGAAAGACCCCAGCGAGUCAAGGCCAAUUUGGAUGUCAUCUACACUGAGAAAAAAGCAAAGUUUGAAGUACUCUGGGAUGCAGAUCAAGACCCAAGUCAGAAACUCGCCGUUGACUCUAAACUGACUAGAAAUCCAUCACAUUCCCAGCGAUAUUCCAUUGAGUCAGUUGUGAACCAUAAAGGCAAGAUUUACAACGCACAUCUCGACGUCAAUGCAGAACACAUUACGCACCCAACCCACAGUGACAAUGAAUUAAAACUCAGACUGACCAACGCAGAAGGAAAAACCCUCAUUCUUGACGGUGACCUGAAGAGAGACAGAAGUGGAUCUGGCUUUAAGAUGGAUUCACGUAUGAGAUAUAAGAGCUGGGAAGACAAUGACUACAAAAUCACCAACUUCAUUGACCUGAGCCACUCAGGUGGAUAUAAUAAUUUUGACGUCAGGUCAGAAUUUAUGUGGAAAACGUCCCAGCGUGGUGAGUCUGAAUUUAAAGUGGGAGUGAAGUCUACAGCUGAUUCAACAAGGAGAGAAGUAACAACUAAGGUAGCUGCAUCAGUUCCAGGUACCCACCCAGUAGAUACAGAGAUCAAAAUUUUGGCCGAGAGAAACUCCUUCUCUGCCGAGGCUAAAUCUGCUGCAACAUCACCGCCUGAAUUCUUCCUGUGGAAGACUUUACUUCACGACCGAGGACAGGGACUAAGGUUCUUCGAAGUCAAAACAGACUUCACUGGACUGGCUGAACUCUUGAGGAAAGUGAGGGGAGUAGUGGUUGGUGAAGGUGGUUCUCCUUCUGCCUUGGCUGCAUAUGAACUUGGUGGUGAGGGGAGACAUCUUUACCAUUCCACUUACGAAAACUACCCAGAUAACAUACAUACCAUUUGGAUUCACACACCCGAGCGCAGAAUACAUGCUGAAGGCGAUGUUUCACCAACUUCUGCUAGGAUUCACUUCUACCCUGAUAAGAGCAGAAGUGACGACAAGUAUGAAAUACAGCUCCUUGCCUCUUCAAUUGAAGGGACCAUGAGCUCCCCAGAUAAACUUCAGUGGAACGUAUGUUUAUGUCACCCUCAUUUCCCCAGGGAUAAAACAGUUAUGUUUGAAGUAACAAAUGAGGGUGCAGGACUGCAGGGAAGACUAGAAAUCGAUAUACUUCCUGAUUCAGCUGAUAAACUCACAGGAACUGUAACUUCUAUUCCUCUUACUGAAGAUUCAACAAAAAUAGAGGCCAAGCUCUCUGCAAGGGUUUUGAGAGCCAACCCUGUCUUAACAGUAGUAAUUGCUCAUGCACGCCAUACAUUUGGAUUUGACGUUCUGUUCAAAAAGACACCAUCUGAACCAGCCUCUUUCAUGAUGGCUGGAAAAUAUGACCGAAGCACCUUCAGAAACAAAGCUGUAUCCUUUGAAAUCAAAAGUGAAGGGCAACCUGUCAUAUUAUUAAGUGCAGUGACAAAAGACCAGAUGAAAUCUCAGUGUUUUGGAACGCACAUUAGUGCUUCUGUCGCCACAUCUUUCCUUGGGGACUACAAUAUUCAGGCAGAUGCAUGCAAGCCAUUCUACAUAGAAGUGUCUGCUAAUAAACAUGGAGAACAAAAAUUGUACAUUGGCAAGUUUGGAAUAGAACAUCCACGCAAGGCUGAGAUCAGUUUAUCUACAGAAGACAAAGGUGCACCUGAAAAUAGGAAGGCCUUCCUUGCUAGACUGAUGCUCGCUUCACCAACAAUGAUUAGGUUGGAAAUUGACUACAAACCAGAAGAAACACAUACACUCCUCAAUUACCUUCGUGACAAUGCAAACACUGUCACUACUUCCCUACAGUCCUGGGUACAAAUGGUAAAGGAGGCCCUUCAAGAGGCUGCAAGGGCCAAGAACAUCCAAUUCCCAAGUCCAGAACUGUCCAAGGAAUGGCAGAUAAUAGUUCAAGAAGCAGCUGCUAUUUUCUAUGAUGUACGAGAUAACAAAAUUGAUCAUGUGGUCAUGAAGAUAAAGAACUUACUUACCAGUCCUGCUCUUGCGUACGUUGCAAAUGAGCAGUAUAUUGCUUGGAUCAAAAUGGCCGAGGUUCAAAGGUCCUUUACGAAAGAAGUAUCUCGUGCUAUUCUUAAUAUGAUGAGUGUCUUUAAAGACGCAUACUUUCCAGUAAUCAGAGGACUCAAGGGCCUAGCCCACAUGAUGCGCACUGCAGAAGUACCAGAAUUUAUCCUUAAUCUUAGGAGGGAAUUUGAAGAGUCAUGGCCAUAUCAGAAAGUCCAAGCUGAACUAAGCAUCUUAGAAGAAAAAUACCCAACCCAAUAUAGGAGUCUGCAGGAGGUAUGGAUUCAACUCAGAAGAGAGCUUCUUGUAGACCUUGAGAAGCUACGUGUCAAGUUCCUCACUAUACCACCUGUUGUGAACUUGAUUAACUGGGUAGCAACUGACAUGAGGGAGGAUCACAUGGCAAAUUUUGCUGCAGACAGUAUCGUGUCCAGAGUUCUCCAAGAAACAGUCUAUCUCACUGUAAGAAAUCACCCAGGGUACAUGGAGAUUGAGAUUCCUGUACGAGAAAAGCUUUAUUCUUUGAGUCAACUACUUCAGGAAGCUUGGCCAUAUCCUUCCAGAACAAUACAAAAUUUGAUCUGGAACUACGACACCUACAUGAUCCAGCCAGUGCGGAAACUGAUUCAGAUAGCUUACUCUCCUGGUAUUGGGCACCUGAGGAGAUAUCUGCCACCUUUCAAUGGAACUGCUAUGUUAAUCGGUAACAACGAAGUGUUGACCUUUGACGGUGUUAGAUUCAGAAUUCCCAAAACUCCUUGUGAUAUUAAGCUGGUCGAUGCUAUGAGGACAAGACUCUUUUUCAAGCAUCAGGUGCAUGAACGGUAUCCAACAGUCACAGUCAGUCACAGAAUUCGCAGCACACUUUAUACGGUUAUCAUCCAUCCAGAUUUCAAAGUGACUCUGAAUGGACAGAAUGUCGGUGAACAUUCUGAGAUGCGGGGAUUAGUCAUCGAGAACACUCAAGACCACGUGCGUGUCACAACAACUUACCUCUCUCUCUACAUGCCCAAGAACAUGAGGAUACUGGAAGUGCAGGCAUCAGGAUGGGGUUUCGGCGUCACAGCUGGGGUUCUGGGUACCUUCGACGGUGAAAGAGGCAACGAGUGGAUAAUGCCGACUGGUGCUGUGGCCAACACUGUCCAGGAGUUUGUUACGUCUUGGCAAGAGGAUCACUCUUGCCAAACACCCGCCAUCGAACCAGUUGACGUACCCGUAUCUAGAAUGGUCAGCUGCCAUACCUUCCUGGGUAUGCGGUCUCGCUGCAACCCGCUUGUAGACCCUGGUCCCUUCAUACAAAUGUGCCGAGAGGCUGAAAAUCUUUGUGAGCCUGUCAAGGCAUACCGACAUCUUUGCUCAGAAAGAGGUAUCCUGGAGCCAUAUCCACAACCAUGCUGAGAUAUGAUACAUAUCUAUAAACUAUCUUUUAGUCACCACCCUUACUAUAUUUUUAUUCCCAUUAGGUAACAACACUAUUACGGAAUGUUCAAAGAUGAAUAAAGGAAAAAUGUAAUGUAAUUCAUAUAACUGUACCAGUUGUGAUAAAAGUAAUUAAACAUGA